CAAUAGCAAAGAUGGAAGAAGGCCCAGUUUGCUUCUGCUAUCUACUCUUUUCAUCGUUUCUCUUUCUUCUCUUAUCAUCUGGAGUGGAGGCUGAAACAACAGUCAUAGAUGGUAACACUACUACUAACACCUACAUCGUUUACAUGGGAGCUGCUUCUUCUUCCCAGGGUUCGGUAUCAGAUGAUCAGGCUCGGCUUCUUGCUUCGGUUUUGAAAAGGAAAGAGGACGUGAAAAAAUCACUACUUCACAGUUAUACACAUGGCUUCUCAGGAUUCACCGCCCGUUUAACGGCUGCGGAAGCUCAGAGAAUCACUGAAAAGCCUGGAGUCGUUUCGAUGUUCGUGGACCCCAUCUUAAAGCUCCAUACCACUCGAUCAUGGGACUUCUUACACUAUCAAACCGAUCUUGAAACCGAUUCUACUCCUGAUUCUGACUCAGCCACUAGUGGGUCCAACUCGUCCGACACCAUCAUAGGCCUCCUCGAUACAGGAAUAUGGCCCGAGUCCAAGAGCUUCCAAGACAAGGAUUUGGGCCCGAUUCCAACCCGGUGGAAGGGAACAUGCAUGGAAACCAACGAUUUCAAAGCUUCCAACGGUAACAGGAAGCUCAUAGGUGCACGAUACUAUGAUGACAGUCAAUCACCAAGAGAUUCGAACGGGCAUGGGACCCACACGGCAUCAACAGCAGCAGGCAGCUCAGUCGCCAAUGCAUCUUAUUAUGGCUUAGCGGAGGAGACAGCCAAAGGUGGGUCCACUGGAUCAAGGAUCGCCGUUUACAGGGUAUGCUCAUCCUACGGUUGCCGUGGAUCCACAAUCCUAGCAGGAUUCGAUGAUGCUAUACGCGACGGAGUCGACGUGCUAUCUUUGUCGCUGGGUGCGUCAUCGUUUCUGAGGCCGGAUUUAAGUACCGAUCCGAUCGCAAUUGGAGCUUUCCAUGCAAUGGAGAAGGGGAUCAUAGUGGUUUGCUCAGGUGGGAACGAUGGGCCCGCUUUAUCAACGGUUGUCAAUGUUGCUCCAUGGAUCCUGACCGUUGCUGCCUCUACCAUUGAUAGGGAUUUUGAGUCCGAUUGCGUCUUGGGCAGUAAAAAGGUGUUCAAGGGUGAAGGCAUAAAUUUCUCUACCCUCCAAAAGUCUCCAACCUAUCCCUUGAUCCAUGGAUUGUCGGCGAAAUCGAAAUCAAGCUCGAAAGAAGAUGCGAGGAACUGCAAUCCGGAUUCAUUGGAUAGAGCUAAGAUCAAGGGAAAGAUUGUUCUAUGUGAUCAAACCGAGGGAAGCUAUUCAAAAGGAGAGAAAGUGGAUGGAGUGAAGAGCUUAGGAGGGCUCGGAGCUGUUUUGGUUGAUGACAUAGAACGAUCGGUGGCUCUUAAUACGGGUUCUUUCCCCAUGACUGCCAUCUCUUCCAAGGAUUUCGCUGGUAUCCUCUCCUACAUUAACUCAACCAGAAAACCAGUUGCAACCAUUCUACCAACAGUGUCAGUAACCAAGUAUAAGCCAGCACCUAGUGUUGCAUACUUCUCAUCCAGAGGCCCUUCUCCUAUCCAAAACAUUCUCAAGCCGGACAUCGCUGCACCAGGUGUGAACAUCCUUGCAGCAUGGAUUGAAACCAAUGAUGAAGCCCCAAAAGGGCAAAAGCCAUCCCAAUACAAUUUGAUCUCUGGGACUUCCAUGGCAUGUCCACAUGUCUCAGGCAUUGCGGCUACAAUCAAAUCUAAGAACCCCACAUGGGGUCCCUCUGCUAUCAAAUCAGCCAUCAUGACAACAGCUUCUCAAACAAACAAUGAAAAGGCGCCGAUUACAACAGAUUCAGGUUUAGUGGGCACACCUUACGAUUUUGGUGCAGGAGAGAUGAUCCCAUCUGGAGCAUUACAACCAGGGCUAUUGUAUGAAACUGAUACAGAAGACUACUUACUCUUCUUGUGUAAUUAUGGGUACAAGCUUUCCACAAUCAAGAAUAUUGCAUCUGUGAUUCCUGAUGGUUUCGACUGCCCAGCAGAUUCCAGCACAGAUUUGAUCUCCAAUCUCAACUACCCAUCAAUUGCCAUCUCCAAACUCAGUGAGAAAGAGAGCAAGAAAGUGAGUAGAAGAGUCACAAAUGUUGGUCCUGAUGAGGACACAACCUAUGUUGCCAGCAUCAUGGCACCACCUGGAUUAGAUGUCAAGGUAGUGCCUGAUAAACUGCAUUUCAUGAAGGGCAGUAAGAAGCUGAGCUACCAGAUGAUCUUCUCAUUGGCUUCAUCAUCUCCAUUAAAAGUUGAUGCAUUUGGGUCUAUUACUUGGACCAAUGGAAAAUACAAGGUUCGAAGUCCAUUUGUGGUUACCAGUGGUUGAUUUCAAUAUUCCCUUUGUCAUUAAGGUUGGAGGGCUUAGUUAGAUGUUGGAGUUAAAGAAGUGAAUGUAAAACAAAUUGGACUUAACCAAGCUUUAGGGUAAUAGUUGGACUGCAUUAAU